UCUGGCCUUAACCAGAGCUCGCGGACUGGCGGGGACAGGUCCCACCUCCUGGCUCCCAGGACGGGUCUGCACCAACCUCAGUUUCGGGGCUGCGGCUCACAGAAGUCUAGCCUGCCCGGAACGCCCGCACCAAUUCCUGCGCGCGGUCCUUCCAACCCUCCUGCUGCCAUGAAGAUUGCAGUGAUUGGACAGAGCCUGUUUGGCCAGGAAGUUUACUGCCACCUGAGGAAGGAGGGCCAUGAAGUGGUGGGUGUGUUCACUGUUCCAGACAAGGAUGGAAAGGCCGACCCCCUGGGUCUGGAAGCUGAGAAGGAUGGAGUGCCAGUAUUCAAGUUCUCCCGGUGGCGUGCAAAAGGACAGGCUUUGCCUGAUGUGGUGGCAAAAUACCAGGCUUUGGGGGCCGAGCUCAACGUCCUGCCCUUCUGCAGCCAGUUCAUCCCCAUGGAGAUAAUCAAUGCUCCCCAGCAUGGCUCCAUCAUCUAUCACCCAUCACUGCUCCCUAGGCACCGAGGGGCCUCGGCCAUCAACUGGACCCUCAUUCACGGAGAUAAGAAAGGGGGGUUUUCCAUCUUCUGGGCGGACGAUGGUCUGGACACUGGAGACCUGCUGCUGCAGAAGGAGUGUGAGGUGCUCCCGGACGAUACCGUGAGCACGCUGUACAACCGCUUCCUCUUCCCGGAAGGCAUCAAAGGGAUGGUGCAGGCCGUGAGGCUGAUCGCUGAGGGCAAAGCCCCCAGACUCCCUCAGCCUGAGGAAGGAGCCACCUAUGAGGGGAUUCAGAAGAAGGAGACGGCCAAGAUCAACUGGGACCAGCCAGCAGAGGCCAUUCACAACUGGAUCCGCGGGAAUGACAAGGUGCCGGGAGCCUGGACAGAGGCCUGUGAACAGAAACUGACAUUUUUCAACUCAACGCUGAACACUUCAGGCCUGGUGCCCGAGGGAGAUGCUUUGCCCAUCCCAGGAGCCCAUCGGCCAGGGGUGGUCACCAAAGCAGGACUCAUCCUCUUUGGGAAUGAUGACAAAAUGCUGCUGGUGAAGAACAUUCAGCUGGAGGAUGGCAAAAUGAUCCUGGCCUCGAACUUCUUUAAGGGGGCAGCCAGCAGUGCCCUUGAGCUGACGGAGGCAGAGCUGGUUACUGCGGAGGCUGUGCGGAGUGUUUGGCAGCGGAUCCUCCCCAAUGUCCUGGAGGUUGAAGACUCCACUGAUUUCUUCAAGUCAGGGGCCGCGUCUGUGGACGUUGUGAGGCUGGUGGAGGAAGUGAAGGAGCUGUGUGAUGGCCUGGAGUUAGAAAAUGAAGAUGUGUACAUGGCUUCCACCUUUGGGGACUUCAUCCAGCUGUUAGUGAGGAAGCUGCGAGGGGACGAUGAGGAGGGCGAGUGCAGCAUUGACUACGUGGAAAUGGCAGUGAACAAGCGCACCAUCCGCAUACCCCACCAGCUCUUCAUUGGGGGGGAGUUUGUGGAUGCCGAGGGCGCCAAGACCUAUGAGACCAUCAAUCCCACCGAUGGAAGUGUCAUCUGCCAAGUAUCCCUGGCCCAAGUCACCGACGUCGACAAGGCAGUGGCCGCUGCCAAGGAUGCCUUUGAGAAUGGACGGUGGGGGAAGAUCAGCGCGCGGGACCGGGGCCGGCUGCUGUACAGGUUGGCAGAUCUCAUGGAGCAGCACCAGGAGGAGCUGGCCACCAUCGAAGCCCUGGAUGCGGGUGCCGUCUACACGCUGGCCCUGAAGACCCACGUGGGCAUGUCCAUCCAGACCUUCCGCUACUUUGCCGGCUGGUGUGACAAGAUCCAGGGCUCCACCAUCCCCAUCAACCAGGCCAGACCCAACCGCAACCUGACCUUGACCAGGAAGGAGCCUGUUGGGGUUUGUGGCAUCAUCAUCCCCUGGAACUAUCCCCUGAUGAUGCUGUCCUGGAAGACAGCUGCCUGCCUGGCUGCUGGGAACACAGUGGUGAUCAAGCCUGCUCAGGUGACCCCACUCACAGCCUUGAAGUUUGCAGAGCUGACAUUAAAGGCCGGCAUUCCCAAAGGUGUGGUUAACGUCCUCCCAGGAUCUGGUUCCCUGGUCGGCCAGAGACUCUCAGACCAUCCUGACGUGAGGAAAAUUGGGUUCACAGGCUCCACAGAGGUGGGCAAGCACAUCAUGAAAAGCUGUGCCAUAAGUAACGUGAAGAAGGUGUCCCUGGAACUGGGCGGGAAGUCACCCCUCAUCAUCUUUGCUGACUGUGACCUCAACAAGGCUGUGCAGAUGGGGAUGAGCUCUGUUUUCUUCAACAAAGGAGAGAACUGCAUUGCAGCAGGCCGGCUCUUUGUGGAGGACUCCAUUCAUGAUGAGUUUGUGCGGAGGGUGGUAGAAGAGGUACGGAAGAUGAAGGUGGGCGACCCACUGGACAGGGACACCGACCACGGGCCACAGAAUCACCAUGCCCACCUGAUGAAGCUGAUGGAGUACUGCCAGCGCGGCGUGAAGGAAGGGGCCACGCUGGUCUGCGGCGGGAAUCAAGUCCCUCGGCCAGGGUUCUUCUUUGAGCCAACUGUUUUCACAGAUGUGGAGGACCACAUGUUCAUAGCCAAGGAGGAGUCCUUCGGGCCUGUCAUGAUCAUCUCUCGGUUUGCUGAUGGGGACGUGGAUACUGUGCUGUCUCGGGCCAAUGCCACGGAAUUUGGCCUGGCUUCUGGUGUCUUCACCAGGGACAUCAACAAGGCCCUGUAUGUCAGUGACAAGCUCCAGGCAGGCACUGUGUUUGUCAACACGUACAACAAGACCGACGUGGCCGCUCCCUUCGGAGGAUUCAAGCAGUCUGGAUUUGGCAAAGAUCUAGGUAACCUACUCCUGCCUGUGGGGUUGCUUUCAUUUAUUCAUUCAACAAACAUCUGUUCAAAACCACUUAGUGUCAGGUCCUAUCCCAGAUGCAGGGACGUAGCCUUGAACAUGAUGGCUGUCAGGGCUCGCUUCUUACUGGGAGGGAACUUGUGACAAGUCCGUGAGCAAGUUGCUUGCAGAGGGGGGUGGUGCUGGGAAGAAGGCAAGAAGAGUGGCCUGGAGGAGACACUCCGGCCAGGAGGCAGUGGGGGCCUCUCUGGUGUGGUGGCACCUGUGCUACCCAGACCUACAUGGCAGAGAGGAGUUGGCCGUGAAGACCCAGGAGCCUGUGUUUCUGGCUGAGGCUUCAGCAGGUCCUUGGGGUAACAGCUUUGGUUGUGGAGCUGCAGAGAGGCCAGAGUGGUGGGAGUGGGCCAAGGGGGAGCAGGAGGGAGGAGAGGAGGCCUGAGAGGCAGGUAGGGGCCAGAUUGAAGGCCCAUGGGCCGUGGUCAGGGGCUCAGGUUGCGUCCUUAGUGUAAAGAGGAGCCAUGGGACCAAAUGUACCCCCGGGUGAACACCACGGGUGUUGCAAGUCUCCCAGUAGAGAUGAAGUUACUGAGGCGGCAGCAGGCGGGGUCCCCCAGCACACAGCACAGGCCCCCCCCCCCCACAGUGCUCUGCCUGCUGGGUGGUGUGGAGUUCUGCUCUGGCCCUCUCUCCCUGGGCUGCUCCAAGCCUUGGGCCUCGUCCUGCUCUCUCAGCAGGGGGGACUAGACAGGUCUGAUGGGCAAGCUUGGCAAGGGUGGCUGGCAAGGCCCAGGGAAGCUGUAUGCUGUCUCAGAGGUCCCACCUGUCUCUCCAGGCUCCUGUGCCAGCCCAGAGACCACAGGGAAGGUCAUGCUGAGGCUGGGGCUCAAAGGGUGGUCACUGUUUCCAGUUUUCUCUCCUCCCCCUGCCCCCAUCUUUCAAGCCCUGCAGAAGCCCCCAAGGGUGCCUGUGAGAGGAGCCCAUGUGUGCCCACAGGGCUGGACUCACAUGCAUACAUGUAUAGGCUGGACACUCCUGCUUCCUCUGUCCCUGUCGGCCUCCUCUUCCUGCCUUCUCCCAGGCCACCUUCCUGGUGUCCACCAGGGGAAUCCAUGAGGCCCAUGGCCACCCAGGGAAGGCUGUGGCUGCCAAGUCCCCAGGACGUGAUCUGGGCCCCUUAUGAAUCCUCCCUGAGUUCCCCCAGCUCCCUCCCAACCCUAGUCCCCAUAUCCUGCUGAGAGGACCAGCACCCUCCUGGGACAGGCCCACAAGCCAAGCCUUCCAAGCAGCCUGCCUGGGCAGGCCCAGGACCUCAGAGGGACGGGGCAAUGCCACUCCUGGGGCCAGCCAGAGCUGCUGGGGAGCUGUCAGGCAGCCCCAGGCCUCACACUUGUCAUGGGGCUGAGACGCACCAGCCACAUAGCACUGCCAAGGUCUGGGGCCUCAGGGCCCCUGCGAGGCAUCCCCUUUUCCCAGCCACAGCUUGAUGCGGACGUAGCUGGGGGCAGCCAUGAGAGAAGAGAUGGGCCAGUGAGUCCGGGCAGUAACGCCAUGUCUCCCCACCCACUUCCACCUGAAGGGGCUUCCCACUGUCCAGACAAGGCGGUGGGAGCCGGGGAAGAUUCUUAAAUGGCUGCCUCAGAUUGGCUUUGUAUUCUGGGGAGUCCUGGCCCACUAUCCACUGCCAGGGAUAACCUGGGUAAGAUACAUGACCUCGCUGGGCCUCGACUUCUCACCUGGAAGUGGGGUGAGCCAGAGCUGCCCCCACGCAGUUGCUGAGGAAUAAGACACUUGCAGCCCCGAGCAGUGCCCUGCCUGUGGUGGGAGCUGAUGUGACCUUUGUGAUGUCUCACAGGAGAGGCGGCUCUGAACGAGUACCUGCGGGUCAAGACAGUGACCUUCGAAUACUGAAGAAAGGUCUUUGUGAGAAGAAAGUCCUGCCCCUCCCUCGUGGCUGGGGCCCCCUCCCUCUUGAGCCUGGGUGCACAGCACCUCCCACCUGGGGGGCUAGUGGAAGCCCUCCUGCCUGCACCCCAUGUCUGAAUCUCGGACGCCCUCUGUCCAGUCAGAAGCAGCCCUUCGCUGGGUGAGGUGUGCCCCUCCCAGGGAGAAUAAAGCUUCUGAAGAGA